UCGAGUAUUCUCUGUCUACGGAACACACGCACUGACUGUGGCGUACUCACCACUUUUUCCAAAAAUCAUCACAUGCAAGAUGGAAAGAAGUUUAAAUCAAGAGUUUAAAGGAACUGUUUGAAACUCUUCACAAUGACGACGCAAGACACUGAACAAUAUCGGGAAUUUCUAAGACAAUUACAAAGAGAAGAACAUAGACCAACUGCUCUGAAUGAUAUCAAAAACUUAUUUACCUAUAAACCAGCCGGUGAAGCGACAACAACAAUAAAAGAUGUUGGAAUUUCGAAAAUUGUCGAAUGCCUGAAUGUGCCAGACAAGACACAGGUUGAUCUGACUUGUGAAGUUUUAAAAGUCUGCUUUGACAAAUUUGAACCUGGGGAGGUUGUGAAGAAUUAUACAAGUCAUGUUAUGUAUUUAUUGCGGCAUGAAAAGAGCUGUGUCCGAAAACUGGCAACUGAUGAGGUCUACAAAGCAGUUGCACAGGAUCAAAAUCUGCUGCCUAUCCCACAAUACAUUGAUGUGUUUGUAGCUGUUGCCCAGCUUGUUAUUGAUACAGAUAUUGGUGUAGCUAACAAAGCUAUUCUGAUCACGUCUAAUUUACCAUCAGCGGCAUAUCCAAAAGUGUUGGAGGAGAUGAAGAUUGCGUUAGAAUACAAUGCUAGCAGUAAAUGCAACGCCUAUGAGGUGGUUGUGAACAUUUCUUCAAAGUCAUAUGAACUGUGCAAGUUAUGUAACGAUCAAGGAUAUAUCGAUCACAUGCUAUCUGAACUCCAGUCAGAUGAUGUUUUGUAUCAGUUGAAUAUACUGGAGUUAUUAUCAAGACUGGCGAUUCAACCACAUGGGAUUGGUUACCUUGUAAAGCAAGGUGCCUUGAAGAAAAUUUCAGAUUUAGUUGUUGAACUGCCAAAUAAUCCACUAUGUGGUUUACUCACACCUGGUUACAUAAAAUUUGUUGGAUCAAUUGCACAUUGCUAUCCAAAGGAAAUACUUGAUAAGUACCCUAUAUUGGUGAACUUAAUGUUUGAAACAUUUGAGUCAGGAGACCCAACCUUACUGCCUGUUGCUUUGGACACAUUGGGAUUUAUUGGAACUACCAUUGAAGGGAAGCUCUGUUUGGCAGCUUUGGGUAGCAAGUAUAUCCUUGCUGUUGAAAAAGUGGGACAAAUUAUCAGAAACAGUGCAACAGAAAUUAAGAGCCGAGCACUGAAUUGUUUUGCUAACUUGAUUUGUGUUGAUAAAGAUCCUAGUGUACCAAGAGGUGGUCCUGUUGACCAUAGAGUAACUCUGAUGACAAGGGAAUGGUUUAGAAGUCUGAGCUCCAGCCCGCCAUCCAUGGAGACUUUGUUUGAGAUCUGCAAAAAUCCUUUCCCUGAAAUAAGGUUGGCCGGUUUAGCCUUGCUAGAUGCAGUGUGUCAACAUCAAUGGGGCGAAGAAUUAGUUGCAAGAACAGCAGGAUUUGUUGAGUAUCUUCUGGAUCGCUCCAAUGAUGCUACAAAGGAAUCUAAGGAAGCAAAAUAUGAUAUUAUUAAAAGAUUGGCAAAUUCAAUGGCAUUUGAUGCAAGUAUUAUUACAAGACUUCAAACGCAUGUGGAACAAGGACCAUUUUACUCUGAAAGUGCAUUAGAAGUGGCCAUGGAAGAAGGCGAUUAAAAGUUUUUUAACACAAAUAUUUAUUUGAAAGCUAAUAUUUCUAGUUUUGUUUCCUAAUGUUAAACAUUGAAGAUAGACUGAGAGUCAUAAAUAAAAUGUUAAUUCAAAAUUUUCAUAAUGAAACAAAUAAUAUUGCAUUUUGUACCAACUA